GUCCUGGAAAUAACAAUUUAGCAAGACUGACUUCAAUGGCAUUAUCUCAUUUGCUACUGGCUCCGCCAUCUCCAAAACUACCUGCACACAUUCCACUGAGAAGGGCCGCCAUAGAUUUGAUCGGUAGAGGUUUCACCGUGUGGGCCCCUUUUUUAGAUAUUAGUAAGGUAUUAUUAGGUCUCCUAGAAUUGUGUUCAGAAGCAGACAGAUUGGUUCCGAGUAUGACUUACGGUUUACCUUUAACACCACAAGCAGACUCGUGUCGGACUGCUAGGCAUGCUUUAACACUAAUAGCUACUGCUAGACCAGCGGCAUUUAUUACCACAAUGGCGAAAGAGGUGGCACGGUACAACGCAAUGCAACAAAAUGCACAAACUUUAAAUAUUAACAUGAAUAAUAAUGUUCUGCACAAGGCAAAACCGGAGAUAUUGCGAGGCGUGGAAUUAUUGAUAGAAAAAAUGCAAAACGAAAUGUCUGAACUUCUCGUAGAGUUAAUGGAUAUUAUUCUUCAUUGUUUGGAUCCUAGUCAAUUAAAAAAUAAAGGUUUACAGGAAGUUUUUCCAGCAGUUUGCAGGUUUAAUCAAGUCUCUCACUGUCCCGCAACAAGGAGAAUAGCAGUUGGCUCUCAUAUAGGGUCAUUGACCCUUUACGAGCUUCGUCAAGGAAAGUGUACCACAAUUCAUGCACAUUCGUCUGCCGUUACAGCCCUCAGUUUUAGUCCUGACGGUAAAUUCCUGGUUAGUUACGCCUGUGGUGAAAAUAAACUUAGUUUUUGGCAGACUAGUACAG